AUGGAGGGUAGCAAAAUUGUAAAACUAUGGGAUGGUGUGCAGGAUCUUAUGAAUUUGAAGAAAAUAAAUCUGGGCUCUUCCCAGUUAAAGGAGUUGCCUGAUUUCUCCAUGGCACAAAAUCUUGAAAUAAUGGAUCUUCGAUAUUGUGGAUGUUUAUGUAGUAUUCAUCCAUCAAUCUUGUCUCUUCCUAAACUUGUUUCUCUGAAUCUAGAGGAGUGCCACAAACUAACAAAUCUUCACGGGGAUAACCAUUUGAAAUCUCUCAAGAAACUCAAGCUGACAGGCUGCUAUGCUCUCGAGAAAUUUUUGUUAUCAUCAGAAGAAAUGAGAAGCUUACGUUUGAAUGCUACCAGGAUAAAAACAUUGAACUUGCCUGUUGGACGAUUCAAUAAACUUGAAGAGCUAUAUCUCGGUGGGCAUCUCAAGAGCUUUCAAGUAAAUGAGCUAAGUUGCUUAACAUCUCUUAAAAUAUUCUCUCUUGAUUGUCUUAGAGGAAGAAUAGACAAAUCAAAAUUAGUCAUUCUGUUUGAUGCCUGGUGUUCAUUAGAAGAAUUGAGGUUGAGAUACUGUGAGGUUUCUGAGAUCCCUGACAAUAUCAGUGCCAUGUCAUUGUUGAAGAUUCUAUCACUACAAGGAAGCAGCGUUAAGAGUUUGCCAGAUAGCAUCAAGCAUCUUUCAGAGCUCAAAGUAAUUGAUUUGGGUGAAUGCAAGAGACUUAGGUCCUUACCAGAACUUCCACCUUCCCUUACUUAUUGUUAUCUCAACAGAUGCCAAUUAUUGGAGACCUUCGUUUUCCCACUAAUGCGAGCAAUACAUAACUCUAGCGAGGUUAGAUUUUGUUAUCCCGGACGCACAAUCCCAAGGGGCUUCAAAUAUUCUCAGACCGCUGAGAGGUCCAUUAGUAUUGAGCUUGCACCAGCUUCUUCUGACCAUUUAUUGGGUUUCGCUACUUGUUGUAUUCUUUCCACAUCGCCAAUCAACUCUUUGACACGAGUUGAGAGAAAAUUUGACUUUGAAGAUGAAAAGAUCCAUUACAGGGGUGACGACAAAAUUAGUUACCUCGAGUAUGGGAGUACAGAUCAUGUUUUGUUAUGGUAUGAUCCAGUGGAUCGCAUGUUGAAGGAAAACCAAAGAAGGCGAUUUGAUGAGCGCGCCGCUUACAAGUUUGCAUGUGAAUUCUUCUUCGUACAUUACUUAGGUUGUCAUGUGGAUGAAAUUAAUAACAGGAUAAAAGGGUGUGGAAUUUGGCCAAUAUAUGCAUCAGAAUUACAGGGGAAAAUGGAAUUAAGGCUGGAGACGAAUGCUAUUACAGGCAGUACCAGCCAGCACCCUAAUGCUAAAGCGGGCCAACAUCAGCCAGCACAUGAUUCCGUUAGGAGAAGCACUCGUGUGCACCAGAGGACAGGGAACUUGACCUCGAUGCCGUACUUUCUGAGAACCAAGAGAGGCCGAAAUGAGCGCACGGCCCCAAAGGAUAACAAAAGAAUUGCUUGA